GCUCCGGUUGUCAAGGCGCUGUUAGUGUCGGACUUGUCCUCGUUGGAACUGGACUGCUCUGUUAUUUUGUCGGGCUAAGCUUUUUUCCCUUUCAUUACUCGGUUGGAUUUGUUCCGUGUUGGACUCCCAACAACUAUCUGCCAGUUCAGAUCACACGAGGUAACCCUGCCUGUCUUCACAUAGUGACUUCACUCUGACUGACGGGCUGAUAGACACAACAAGUGACCCGAUUAAAAAGUCAUAGGAAGAAACCAUCGUUCUAGAGUGGCCAGAGUGAGAGACGAGCACAUGAGGAGCAGAAGCGUCUCGCCAUCAACAUCCUGACGAGUAACCUUGCUUCUGCACCCCACCACACGCCCUCCAACUCCAGAAGUGGGCGUCAGCAGGAAGGAAACAAGUGACCACUCCUCCUGCAGGCAUGAGGUCCUUCCGUUCCUUCAGCAACGAUGACCGCCAUGUCAUGGCAAAGCACUCCACCAUCUACCCCUCCUCGCAGGAGCUGGAAGCCGUUCAGACGCUGGUGUCCACCGUCGAGUGCGCGCUCAAACAGGUCGCCGAUUGGAUGGAUCAGAGCAGCGGCGACGCCCCUAACAGCAACUUCGACAGCCAACCAGCAGACAGCACAGAGGAGGACGAUCCUGGUGAGGAGCCCAGAGAAGAAGCCGAGGAAUCCAAUGAGGGAUACAGCAGAGAGUCUGGCGGUGGUGGCAUGCUCUGUGGAGUGAUGAGGGUUGGUCUGGUGGCCAAAGGACUCCUGAUCAAAGGCGACAUGGACCUGGAACUGGUGCUGAUGUGCAGAGACAAACCCACACAGACACUGCUGGACACUGUCUGUCACAAUUUACCCACACAGAUUCAGAAGCUGACGGAGGAGAAGUACGAGGUCUCAAGCUCUUUGCCUGAGGCAGCCAUCCUGGUACAAACUACAACAGAUCCAAAGCUUAAGCUGAAGAUCACCCUCACCUCACCCGCCAUGAGGGACGAUGAAGAUCUCGAGGAGGAGGAAGAAGGGGAGGAAGGGCAAGGGGAGGAAGAGGAGCUGGAGAAUGGGGAGGAUGGAGAAGAGGUGGCGGAGCUGGCAGAAGCGGAGGCAGAGGUUGUAGAGGAGGAGCAGGAACAGGAAAAUGGUGAAGUGUUGGGUGCUGCUGCGCACACAGUGGAGGCUGAGGAGGAGGGGGAGGUGCUGGAUAGACACAGAUGUCUGUUGGCCCUGGCAGCGCUGCGACACGCCAAAUGGUUUCAGGCUCGAGUGAACGGACUUAAGUCCUGUGUUAUCGUUCUCAGGAUACUAAGAGACAUGUGCAAUAGACACCCCAUUUGGGAACCUCUCAAAGGAUGGCCAUUAGAGCUGAUAUGCGAGAAGGCCAUCGCCACUUGCAACAGACCUCUUGGAGCAGGAGAAGCGCUGCGUCGAGUCAUGGAGUGUCUGGCGUCAGGCAUACUGCUCCCAGGUGGUCCAGGUUUACAUGACCCAUGUGAGAAAGAGCCUACAGACACUCUUGCCGACAUGACAGACGAGGAGGCCGAGGCCAUCACCUACGGCGCGCAGCAUGCUCUCAGACUCAUGGCAUUCGGACAGAUCUACAAGGUGUUAGAGAUGGAACCUCUUCCCUCAAAUAAACCAUCACAGAAAUAUCCUUGGUCUGAUAAAGAAGGUUUAGGGCUAAAGAGGCCAUAUGAAGAUGGAACGAUGGAUGACAAGGACCUCAUUAAGAAGAUGAAGAGGAACCUUAGAAAAGUCCUCGACAGUAAAGCCAUAGACUCCAACCAGCCAAUGAACGCCCUGAUGCGCUUGAACCAGAUCCGACCCGGGCUGCAGUACCGCCUGCUGUCCCAGUCGGGGCCAGUCCACGCCCCGGUCUUCACCAUGUCUGUGGAUGUGGACGGAACCGUCUAUGAAGCGUCCGGCUCCUCCAAGAAGACAGCCAAGCUCCAUGUUGCUGUCAAGGUUCUCCAGGCGAUGGGCUACCCGACAGGUUUCGACUCAGAUCUGGACCCCAUGAGCUCAGAUGAGAAGUCUGACAGCGAGGGGAAGAGCGAGACAUCCUCACACUCUAGCAAUAACCCAACACACUCCUCAGAUGGUUCCAACACGCUGGAGGUGCGAACUCAGGGUCCCAUCCUGACGGCAAGUGGGAAGAAUCCUGUAAUGGAGCUGAACGAGAAGCGACGAGGCCUCAAAUACGAGCUGAUCUCUGAGAGUGGAGGCAGCCACGACAAACGCUUUGUGAUGGAGGUGGAGGUCGAUGGGCAGAAGUUUCGCGGGGCUGGCCCCAACAAAAAAGUAGCAAAGGCCAGCGCUGCUUUGGCAGCCCUGGAAAAACUCUUCUCCGGUCCCAACGCAGCUGCAAACAAGAAGAAAAAGAUCCUGCCUCCGACUAAAGGAGCGCUGGCGGCGGCGGCGGCAGCCUCGGCAGUAGCAGCACAGGUAGCAAGAGGAAGAGGAAGAGCGGCGCUGGCAAGAGGAGCCUUCGUCAGUGCUGCUGCACCUGGAUACGUCACACCGGGCUUCGGCACACCGUACGGCUACAGCCCGGCUGCAGCAGCUGCCCCUGCAUACGGUGGUCUGUUCAUUGACAAUCCUUUCUACCAGCCGCGUACCAUCGCUCCUUUUAUCAUUCACCUCGGUCCGCAGGAUCUCUUCUCUGACUUCUAAAGGCAGGAAGCUGUUGGGCGCCACUCAUCACACUUUUUUUUCUGUCUCUGCCCACUGGACACCUGGCUGCACACUCGUCCACCUGUUUGUUUGUCUGUCGGUCUGAACGAGGUCGCCUUUUACUCCGUCCAGGCCGAUGGAACGAUUGGCUCACAGACUCGGAGCAGUUUUCGGUUCGGUCAGAGAAACGGUCCUACCUGCUGACAAGAGAGCCGCUGCUUUUCUUUUCUCUCUCCACCCAGAUUAUCCUCCUCAGAGGAGAGCAAAAUUUACGCAAAGCAAUACUCGGAUUUUACGAGAAACGUGCAAGAGUAGGCUGAACUUUGGUCUUUUCGUAUAGCAAUACACCUGAACUCGUCUCUAAGCUACUUGAGAAGAUGUGAAUGUCCCACGGAGGUUUUACUCAACACAGCAUUGCAAUAGCUGAUUCUGAUUGUAUAUUCGGUGUACGUGUGUGUGUGUGUAUGUGUGAUUAUAACAUGACUAUAUACACAUAUACCUAUGGUGUAUUUCUAUAACGAUGUGUUGAUGAAAAUAACAUUAAUAUAUAAUGAUGUACUUAUGUAAAUACUCUAUAAAGUCUAAUAAUUGUUAUAAAAUAUUUUAGAAUUAUAAAGUGAAAUGUAACUGUAAUAUCACAGCAUAGCUUUUCUUCCAGUUUUAUAUACACUGAGCAAUUGAAGCUAGUUCUAGAAAAUGCAUUAUCUUUGGUAUUCCUAUUAAUCCGUGCUAGUAGAAUAUUAAUGCUUCCUACUUUCCUUACUCCUUUUCUCUGUCUUUGAUGUCUGUCUGAGCCUUUCUGAGCACGCUCUCUGCCGCCUGUGGUGUGUUUAGACGGACCCCAGACAAGAGGCGUGCCCUGCUGUACACACAACUCAAAAAAAAAAAAGAACACACACACACUUUUUGCCUGUCAGAAAGCACAUUUUAUAGUCUCACUGCUGGCAGGGAACACCAUUGUUAUGAGCACUCUUUGAAUGUGCGUUUAAUGUAUGCGUUUGCUCUAAUGUCCGCUCUCUUCCCCCUCUGCCAUUCAUGGACACUCAACCAUCAACCAACAGAACAAUCGUGAGCUCAGUCUCGUUCGCCUUAUAGGGUCCAAAAGCACAGCUGGCUUCUCACACACUCCUAAGUUAUCAUCUUUGCAGCUCUUCCCUGUUGGCUGGCGGCGAGGCAGCAAAAGCUUAACUGCACAUACAGCACAAGCUACUGGCAGACCUAAUUACAGAUAGAGAAAAGAGGAACUAUUCAAUGAGAACCGCAGGCAGCAUUUGGCCAAUUUUGUGUUCCGUAACAUUUUGCUGAAGCUUUGAUUAAAGAUUCAAGUCCAGUUCAAUCUGUUCUAAACUUGUGUUGCCUUACGUUUACAUGUGGGCAUUGAAAUAGUGUUUGGUUUUUACUAUCAAAAAGAAAAAUCAUUGAGGAAACUGUUAAAACUUUUUGUGAAUUUGGUCUAAUUUGCAGAUUUUUCUGAGGUGGGGUUCUGUGGAGUUAUCAGUAGUCAGUAUGUGUCCAGGCAGCAGAAACUAAUGGUAGAAACAGGGAGCGUUUUUUUAUUAAGACCAACUUUAGGAUGUUUCCUCUGCAUUACUUUGGCAUGAUUUAAACAGAUAUGAUAUGCUCUACAUGGUUUUCAGCAUAGGUUACAUGCAUGAGUCACAAUGGGUAGGCCAUUUGACUUUAGUUGAAUCUUGGUCAGGAUGUCACUUUGGGAAGUUUGCAUGUUUUUCCAGCCUCCACUGAUAGUCCAAAACUGUAUGUUUGGUUCAUUGGCGACUCUAACUUAGGUGCAUGUGUGCAUGUUUGAAUGACCUGUUGCUCUCUGUUCUGGCUUUUUCGCGAACUGUCGACUUAUGUAUGGGAUAUUUUGCCUCUUACCUGCUGAAUGUAAAAGGCAAGUGGUGGGAAAGGCUUGAGUUGUUUAUGAUUGGCGAAACCAAUCAUAAACAAUAUUCUUUAAAUCUAUUGUUAACUUCACUUUCCAGUGAGAAUUCCCCAUAUCCAGCCAUUUUUUUGUCUGCUUUCUUCCUCAAGUAGUAUAUUGACUACUAAUAGCUAUUUCACAGAACCCUAAUUGGACACCAAAGCUGUCGUUUUCAGAUCCUUGUUUUAUUUUUGUUUUUUUAUUUAAGUGAAGGUUGCGGUACAGUCCCUGCAUAUUCAGUUGCGUUUUGUUAGUAACCUAGUGUCUGAGGGGAUUUGAAUGAACAUGCAUUUAUAGUUCCUGCAGAACACAAAGUUCAAUAAAAAAAUACAUUAUUUCGGUUGUUAUUUUAUGCUAAACUAGAAUCAGCAAGAGUCUGUGAUCAUCUCCUCUUGGGAAGUUAGUGGCGUUUACGUCUUUCGCAGAACUCUUCACCCGCAUUGUUUCUUCUUUCCAUCCUUUAAAAGAAACCAGGUGUCAGUCAGCAAAGGGAAAAAUCGAAGGGAAUGUGCUUCAGAUGGCUUUGAUUCUCCUGUUACUCACUCUGAACUGGGCACGGCUUUGAUUUGUGGAGCUUAAAUUAAUCAGGAAUGACAUCUGAGAAAAAGUCAAUAAGCUUUGAAAGUUAAUUUUUCAAAACAAUAAGUCAAGUCCUUAUUGUUAAAGCUGGAUUUUUGUAAAGUGCAUAAUCACGCAGAUCCCGACUCCUGAAGAGAAAGCAUGAUCUGUUGACUACUGAUAUUGAUAAAUUAUAUAGCUAAUAUUUGAGAUAAUCGUAUCCAAAGGUCUGAUUUAGACGGUAGUUCUGCUUUGCUCCUGUGGCGACUUUACAUGCAUGCUGUAACUCUUGGUUGUGUUAAAACAGACCUUCCCUGUCAGCUGAGUUUUUCUGCCUCCUCUCUCUGCCCCUGCGCUCUCUCCCCAGAUGGCCCUCAUUAAUAAGGCAGACAGUCAUACCUCAGUGAGCAACCUUUUCAUUUCCCCUCAGACCGAACAGACACGUAGGAGGAGUCACCCUGACUGCUGACCCCAUCCUCUCGCCGCGCCCGGCUGUACGGCCACGCGCAGAGGACAGGCAGCGGAGCGAGAGCUCAGACAAACAUGGCCGACCUGGAAGUGGCACAGGUGGUCCAGAGGGGGAAGGUCCAGAACAAGGCGCAUCCACAGUCAAAGAGGCGUUAAUACGCUGCAGCAGGCAGAGGUCCCAAUGUGCGUCGCUUGUUAAGAGCGGAGUAAUGGUGAAAUAUGUGGAACAGUAAAACUGGGUUACAGUCUGCAGGGCUGUGCAAAAGUCUUGAGUCAUUCAUCAUUCAUUUCGUUUAGCCUCCAUGGAGUAAGACUUCUUUUAAGCAUUGCUUUUGUCUUGAAGCAAUGUCUCAUCAGACAUGAUGAAGUUCUUUAUUUGGACUUUGGCUGCUUUGUGCACAACAAAGACAAAAUUGAUCAUGCAAUAAAUAGAUCCUAAACUUAAAGGAUGCUGUGUUCUUUGUUCAACACAUAGUUUAGCCAAGACCCAACUUUAAAUGUGAUCUCUACACAGAAGUUCUCAAAUCUGUCAUAAGUUUUUCAAUUAUAAUCAUUUUCCUAACCAUUUUAAAUGAGAGAUACGGGAGGACUUGGAGUAAUAUGUUGUGGAGUCAAUUUGCAAAAAGACAAAAUAAAUCCUAUUUUAUUUAGCAGUGCAUUAUUUGAAGAUUGCAGUUUGAUUCCUAUCAGGAAUUCCAUAUAUCAAAGUUUUGAGUUGAUAAGGGUAACAGCAACUCAGAAAGUACAUUUCCUAUCAAUCCCAACUACAGUGAAAGUACAAAAUGUCAUUAGUUUGUUUUGCUAACAGCUUGUUUAAUGAUUUUCUAACUUGGAACGAUAACAUGGUUGAGUUUGAUUUGUUAUUUCCAGAUGGAGGUUCUAGCUGUAGAUGCCAGUAGAACACGUCAGUCACCACCAACACGUCAUCCUUUUCUUUUGAGAAACGGUUUAGUGCUGCUUCUGGGGACUCAUGAUUAAUGAAUCUCAUUCGCUGUUGGUGCUUAUUGGUUUCAGGUCACAGUUAAUUUGUAUUUAAUUUCCUAAUAGGUAGCACAAACAGGAGUACAACUAAAGGUUGCAAAGUGAGCUAGUGUGGAUAGAAAAUGAGUGAAAUAGCAGCUAAAGUCCAAAGAGAAACUUUGAAAAAUCUUCAAAAUAUGCUGAGUAAAGUCACUUUGAAAUGCUACGGGAUCGUUUCAAACUUGAGGCAAAAAAAAACAGUUUUUCAAAGUCUUGAGCCCUGUUUUGCAUUAUCAAUUGCAUUUGCAUUAUAGGUUGAUAAAUAUUAUGAUGUUAUAUAUUGUGAUGUGAGUCAUUCACAUGGUUUCCCCAGACAAAAAUAUAAAUAAAUAAAAGCAAAUAUGCAUAGCAAUCAUGUAGAAAAAUAAUAUUUUCAAUGAUCCACUGAUAUUAGUACUGAUAUUUUUCUUGGCAGGUGUGUGUAAUCAUGCAACCAACAAAAGCUGUGAUACAAGAAAAUGACUAAUCUCCAUUAUUUGAAACAGAUUCGGACUCCUCAUGUUAGACAGAGUUAUGUGUGAAAUGCUGUUUCGUCAGCUGAAGUGAUGGUUUUCCGAACAUUUUAAUCGUCUUUCAAUAGAUAUUCUAAAAAAGCACAAAUUGCACAUGAGCAAUACACCUGCACAUCGUACUCAGGGCCACCUGACAGACACACACACACACAGACAGACGUAUGCAAACAGACAAACACACCCAAGCACACUUGUAAUCAAAUGUAAAUAUGUCAGCUUUUAAAAACCAAGCACACAUACAUGAUGUGAUAUCCUCUCUGCUUUGUUGAUUAUAUAUGUGUGUGUGCAGUGUGAGUCACACGUGGUUGAACCUUGUUUGUUCUUGAGGAUUUGAGCCAUGUUUAGCUGAGAACACACAUCUCCCACUUGCUCCGUUUAUUAUCAUGGUGCUUUAUGAGGGGCUGUCUGUAGCACUGUACAUAAUAGCUCUCUGCUGGGAGGGGAGAGGGAGGAGUUCUGGCUUCCCAACAACACACUCAAAAGGUUUUAGAUGCUGCGAAAUGUUCAGUAGUUUAGUUGUCGGGAGGGACUUUUCUUUUAGCUUUUGCUUGGAGCUCAUUUAUCUGUAAUCUUUGGUAAAACUGUUUAUUUUUUUCCUCUAGGACAGGUUUAAUCCAGACACCAAAGACUUCCAAAGGCUUUGUCGCAUAAAUCUGACCAAUAUAUAAGUCUCCUAGGAGUCAUAUGCACAGUUUGGAGGUGUGUGCGCACCACGUUUGACGCACAAAAAGGCCUGAACAUUGUUCGGUAUGAGCCAACGGAGAAUCUUAAACACCUUUUUGUAAGAAAAAUCUCCCAUACUUACCCUCUGAAAGCAAGCGAUUUGCUGCAUUAAAAUAGAAGAAGCAUUUUGAAGAUCCGUCCGACUCUCCCGUCUCAUGUGUCGAUGAAUGUAGCAAAGCAAGCUGACUGACUGCUGAACUCAUGGUUUACCCCGAGUGUGUGUAGGUGCAUCUGUGUCAGAGGACGAUGGCGUGGCUGGUUCGCACAUAUGCACACAAUACUGCAGUCCCAAUGAGCAUGUCGUUGCAUACUUUCUGGUCCGCUGAUUGUUGAAGCUCCUCCUGAUAAAAAUGAUCAAAACAUUUCUGUUGGGAAUGUACACUGUUGCUGUAGUGAUUGUCAUGUAGAAUGUAUUUACUCAUAGGAAGAGUAAACUUGCUUUCUUUGUAAAGAAGCAUAUAUACAGAAUAUAUAUGGUUGAAUACACACACACAUAUAUAUACAUAAAUAUAUAUAAACAUCUAUAUAUCUUUUGAGCUGCCUGUGUGUGAGGGUUACUUUGGGCGCAUCUACCCUGUUAAGAUUUAUAUUUCUUUCCAGAUUUGAUUUGAUUUUGUUGUUUCCAUUAAUGCCGUUUUGACAAAUGUAGUGUCUUACGAGUGUUCAGGUUUGUUUUUUUUUCUGUGUAAAUAUAAUUUUUAUUUUGUUUUUUUUUUUUUUACAAAAAGGGGUUUUAAAAAAGACUGUUUUACGAUGCUGCCUAUAAUUUAACAAAGUGAUCUGUUCACAGAAUCUAUUAAUUCAUCAAAUUUGUGACAUGUGUUGAGGUUGUGGUGAACAGAAGCCGCUGAUGAUGGAGAAUGAGGUUCGUUUGUCACUGUUGCUGACAUAAAAUAUGCUUGACAAACUGAAAAUAAACUUGGGAAGUACUGAA